GCGGCUGCCGGCAGCCCAGCUGUGUCUCCGCGGCUCCCCGCGCGCGCCAUGCACCUGUACAAGCCCUCCUGCGCCGACAUCCCCCCGCCCAAGCCCAGCCUGCAGAAGCCCAGCGACGCGCUCCUGAGGGGUAAAAAGCAGAGCGUGGCCCCCCGAGGCCGUGCCCCCGUGGGCUGGGCGGGCAGGCCGGGCCGGGACACACACCUCAAGCAGCUGGAGAGGUUCCUGCACCUGCACGGGCUGUCGCUGCACGAGACCGUCCGAGCCGAGACGGGCAUGACGUACAGAAACCUUGGAAAGUCUGGACUGAGAGUCUCGUGCCUCGGGCUGGGGACAUGGGUCACUUUUGGAGGUCAAAUCUCAGACGAGGUGGCAGAGCAGCUGAUGACCAUCGCCUACGAGAGCGGCGUCAACCUGUUCGACACGGCCGAGGUGUACGCGGCUGGCAAGGCUGAGGUCAUCCUGGGGAACAUCCUGAAGAAGAAGGGCUGGAGGAGGUCCAGUCUGGUCAUAACAACAAAACUCUACUGGGGUGGAAAAGCUGAAACAGAACGAGGGCUCUCGAGAAAGCACAUCAUUGAAGGGCUGAAGGCCUCUCUGCAGAGGCUGCAGCUGGAGUACGUGGACGUGGUCUUCGCCAACCGCCCAGACAACAACACCCCCAUGGAAGAGAUCGUGCGAGCGAUGAGCCAUGUAAUCAACCAGGGCAUGGCCAUGUACUGGGGCACGUCCCGCUGGAGUGCCAUGGAGAUCAUGGAAGCCUACUCUGUAGCCAGGCAGUUCAACAUGAUCCCUCCCGUGUGUGAACAGGCCGAGUACCAUCUCUUCCAGAGAGAGAAAGUGGAGGUGCAGCUGCCAGAAUUGUACCAUAAAAUAGGGGUUGGAGCAAUGACAUGGUCACCGUUAGCCUGUGGGAUCAUCUCAGGGAAAUAUGGCAACGGGGUCCCCGAGAGCUCAAGGGCUGCACUAAAGUGCUACCAGUGGCUGAAGGAGAAGAUCAUCAGCGAGGAAGGCAGGAAGCAGCAGGGGAAGCUGAAGGACCUGUCGCCCAUCGCAGAGCGCCUGGGGUGCACCCUGCCCCAGCUGGCUGUUGCGUGGUGCCUGAGAAACGAGGGGGUGAGCUCCGUCCUCCUGGGAUCUUCCAACCCAGAGCAGCUGAUUGAGAACCUUGGAGCCAUACAGGUCCUUCCGAAGAUGACGUCCCACAUUGUGAAUGAAAUAGACAACAUCCUGGGGAACAAGCCCUACAGCAAGAAGGACUACAGAUCAUAAUGCAAUGCAUGACUCCCCUGGACUGCAUGGUUUAAACAGUGCUCUGCACAGGAGUACAGCCCCGACUUACUCUCUGGUCAUGAGAAUCAUUCAGCAGCUUGCUGCUCGGUGUCUGCCGUCCCGGGACCCUUCGAGAUGUGUGCUGUUGCUACUCAUCUGCAGUGCAAUUUAAAAGCACAGUUGAUCUCUCUCUUCUAACCAAGGAUAACCUUGUAUUUUCUUACCUUCAACUGAAUCCAUUACUUUUUGCUUUACUCUUAGCACCUCAUGCUUGUGCUGUGAAAAACACUUGUAAAGCAAAACAGAGAACGAUUUCUAACCUUCAGGUACUUGGUGAUCACAGAAGGAUGUACAGAUCUAUUUUUUCAAUGAAGAAAAGCCAGAUACAACUUCAGGUUUUAAUAAAACCACGUUUAGGAAAUCUCAGCUACAAAGUUUCUUCAGGUUCCCAGACAGAAGGGGCAAGCUCAAAUCUCCUGCUUUCUGUUUGUAUGCUGGAUGUGUGCUUUAGGUUUGGUUUGUAGUUGAAUCAAGGAUGUGAGUCAGAAGAACUAGUUAGAAAUUAGCUUGCUGAACUCCUAGGAGUGCUCCUGGGAAGUAUUUCUGAGUACAAGCCAGAAGAGCACAGUUAGAUAAACUCAAACACGCAUGUCAGGUUAAUCAAAGCAACGUCUGUUUGCAAAACUCUAACUCAGCACAGACCUUAAACGGAGAAAUCCGUGAUGAGACGUUGGGGUUUGCAUCUACAGAAACCUGCCUCUCCUCCUGCCUGCUUGGAGACAGAGCUAGUGCAAAUUUCAGUAUUCAUGAGCUUUUAAGGAUAUAGAUAGUUAUAAAUAUAUAUCUAAUACAUAGCUGCUGAAAAAUACCAGGACAAAGCCAAUCAGGUGGGUACCUUGGUGGAGGGUUACACGUGCUUUAACUCGUUCUGGAAUCGGGCAUAAGUAAAUGCACCGUGUUUCUAAGCCAUGUUUCAAACAGGUAGUUUUUGGUGAGCAUUUCCUCCCUCUGCAGGAGUUGCCAGUGAGCACUUAGACGUUAAUUUGCCCAUCUCAGGACCCUCGUUGUGUUUUAGCAGGAGUUUGCUUUGUGAGAGGCACCGAUGGGCUCGGCUCGCGUCACUGCCUGUGCUUUGGGCACACGCUGCCCGGGGGGUACAGCCCUGUACAGUGUCUGUAGAUCCCUUCUGUCCCAUCCCCUCUGCUCCAGGGCUCCCACAGAGCAUGGGCAGCCUUUGUGUGGGCCCCACUGAAGGGAUGCUGGCACUCCAGUUGUCUUCUCCUGUAUUUAACCCCGUUGGCUAUGGUAUGUGUAA